GGUGGCCAUGGUAGAUGCCACUACGAUUCUCCUGAUUGUUGUAACCAUUCUGACUGCAGUAUUCGUUUGGUCCCGUCGUACCUAUGUUUACUGGCAGCGUCGACGUGUUAAAUUUGUUCGGCCCCACCACCUGCUCGGCAACCUCAAAGAUGUCAUCAAAAUGCAAAAUUCUUUUGCACUGCAGCUGCGCGACUACUAUUUUAAUGAGCGAUUCGUGCGCGAGCCACUAGUCGGAAUUUAUCUGUUCCAUCAACCGGCUCUGCUGCUGCGCGAUCUGCAGGUGAUACGUCAGGUUUUGGUUGAGGAUUUUGUGAAUUUCUCACAUCGGUUUUCGAAAUGUGAUCGGCAUCAGGAUAAAAUGGGAGCAUUGAAUUUAUUUUUUGCCCGCAAUCCAGAGUGGCGUGAUAUCAGGACGAAAAUGUCUCCCGUCUUCUCCACGGGAAAGCUGAGGCAAAUGUUUUCGUUAAUGGAAGAGAUUGGCUACGAUCUUGAGACAUAUUUGGCUAAACUUACCAAAGAUAUGAAACGCAACAACAGCGAUGGACCCAUAGUACAGAUCAAGGACAUCUGCGAUCUCUAUAACACCGAUAUGAUUGCCAGCAUUGCAUUCGGCCUGAAAAGCUAUUCACUGCGUAACACCAUGCGUUCUCAGUUGGGUGGGCAUAGUCGUGAGAUGUUCGUCAUCUCUUAUCGACGAGCCGUUGACCUCUGCCUUAUCUUUAUUAUACCCAAGUUAGUUAAAUUUCUACGACCCCAACUGUUUACCUCUGAACAUACCGAAUUUAUACGCCGUUUAGUUAUCGGCGUCUUGGAGGACCGUGAGCGUAACGGCAUCUUACGCAAUGAUCUCAUUGAAACUCUGUUGACAUUCAAAAAGGAGGCCGAACUCAAUCCGGACAAAUCGCAUUUUGCCCAUCAACAAGAAUAUCUGGUGGCCCAGGCGGCGGUUUUCCAGCUGGCUGGAAUUCAAACGUCCUCGUCCACUUUGGCAUUUGCCCUGUACGAAUUGGCCCGCCAACCGAAGUUACAGGAACGUUUGCAUUUAGAAAUCACCGCAACUCUAGGCGAUUUGAAUGGUAACGAAUUGGAUUACGAACAUGUCGAACGUAUGACCUAUUUGGGUAUGGUGGUCGAUGAGACGCUGCGCAAAUACCCGAUUGUGCCAUUUUUGGAGAGAGAAUGCACGCCAUUGAAUCGCAAGAGAUUUGUAUCAUUCCGUCCAAAUGCUGAAUGUAUGGCCAGACGAGGCAUGCCUGUGUACAUAUCUAAUUUAGCUUUACAUUAUGAUCCUCAGUAUUGGCCUGAACCCGAACUCUUUGAUCCGGAACGUUUUUCGCCGGAACAAAAGAAAUCUCAUAAACCCAUGACAUAUCUGCCAUUCGGCGCUGGACCCCAUCAGUGUAUUGCCCAGCCAUUCGCCCUGUUGCAGGUGAAAUUGGGCCUCAUACAUUUCUUGAAGCAUCAUCGCGUUGAAUGCUGUGAUAAGACUGUCAAUAGCAUCAAGUUUGAUAAGCGUUACGCUCUCUUAACGCAAGAGGGUGGUAUUUACUUAAAGCUUGUUGAAAUUUAG